CCAUCACCACCACCACCAUCACCACCACCAACCACCACCACCACCAUCACCACCAACCACCACCACCACCAUCACCACUACCACCAUUACCACCAUCAUCACCACCACCAUCACCACCACCACCAUCAUCACCACCACCACCAUCACCACCAUCACCACCACCAUCACCACCACCACCAUCACCACCACCAUCAUCACCACCACCAUCAUCACCACCACCAACCACCACCACCAUCACCACCAACCACCACCACCACCAUCACCACUACCACCAUUACCACCACCACCACCACCACUACCACCACCAUCACCACCACCACCACCAUCACCACUACCACCACCAUCACCACAUACAAUUAAAAUAAAGUAUAACUUGUGCCACUCUUUGCUUAACUUUUGAGGGGCAGGUGGCACUGAAACUAGGGCCUUGUGCUUGUUUAAGCAAGUGCUUCAUACCUGAGCUUUAUUCUCAGUCUUUUCUUUUGUAAUGUCUAUUUUGAGAUAGUCUCACUAAGUGCCCCAGGGUGGUCUUGAACUGUGUAACCCAGGCAGCCCUUGAACAUUCGGUCCUGCCUGCCUCUGCCCUGCUCUUGUAACAUUGUUCUUUAAAGGAACCCUCUUUUUUUUUUUUUUUUAAGAUGUAUUUAUUUUAUGUACGUGAGUACACUGUUGCUGUCUUUACACACCAGAAGAGGGCAUCAGAUCCCAUUACAGAUGGUUCUGAGCCACCAUGUGGUUGCUGGGAAAUGAAUUCAAUGAAUUCAGGACCUCUGGGAGAGCAGUCAGUGUUUUGUUUUUUUUUUUUUUUUUUUUUUUCUUUUUCUUUUUUCUUUUUUUCCGGAGCUGGGGACCGAACCCAGGGCCUUGAGGUUCCUAGGCAAGCGCUCUACCACUGAGCUAAAUCCCCAACCCCGAGCAGUCAGUGUUCUUAACCACUGACCCAUCUCUCCAGCUCCUCUUUUUCUAAAAUACAUUUAAAAGCCACCUUUAUAGCACUGCUUGUGAGAAAGAAAAGUUCCAAAGUAAACAGCUAGCAGGCCAGUGGUUCAGGCCUGUACCCCAUCUCCUUGGGAGGCUGCGGUCAUAGGUUUGAGGCUCGCCUUAGCCAUGUAGUGAAUUUAAGGCAAUCUCUUGGCAAUUUAAUGAGACCCCAUCUCACAGUAAAACACACACACAUACACAGAAAAAGAGGGACAGACAGAGACAGACAGACAGAACUAGGCAAGUGAAAGGGGAUCAGGAGGAGGUCAUCCUCAGCUACAUAGCCUGUCUGAGGCAGCUUGGGCUACAUGAGACCCUGUCUGGAACACUGGAGUCAGGGACUGAAGAUACAGCUCAGUAGUAAGAUACUUACCCAGCGUGGGCAAAGCCUAGGUUCAAUGACACACGCACGGACGCACGCACGCACGGACGCACGCACGCACGGAGUUGGAGGCUGAAGAUGCCAGUCAGAGGUACAGCGUGCCUAGAAGGCCCAAGGGUCAUUAAACCUUGCCAGAUGCUGUUCCCUGAGGAGUGCUCUGAGUUGAGAGUCUGGCUCGUUCCUAAAAGUAAAGGUGAAUUGUGUAAAAGGAACUUCAGUGUGUGCUUAAGACAAGGGCGAGCAUGGCAGGACAUGACCAUGUCCCAGCUCCUUAGAAGGCUGAGGCAGGAGGAUCACCUGAGCCUAGGUGGUCAAAGCCAAAAGCAACAACAGCAGAUCCCCUGUCUCAAAAAGAGGAGGAGGACAACGACGACCAGGAGGAAGAGAAAGGAAAGGAAAGGAAGGAAGGAGAGAGAGAGAAAGCCAUGCAUGGUGCCUUAUGCCUGUAAGCAAAAGCACACUUGGAGCUGAGGCAAGCAAAGGCUCAUGGCUAGCCUGGGCUACAGAGACCUUGGACUACUGCAGGGGACUGGAGGUGUAGCUCGUUUCCCUGGUAGUGUCUGGCUAGCUUCCAGCCCCGGCGCAGCACACACUGGGUGUGGUAGAGUAUCCUGUGGUGUCAGCACUUGACUCCAGAACAAGCUUGAGGUCAGCUCAUCAGCCAGGACCCAUGAGACUAUCUCAGAACACAAAACACAAUCUUGCCAAGCAAAAUAGCCCAGCACUUUUCAUGACCCGAUGACCUGAGCUGUCCUCAAAUCUCAUGAUGGAAGAAGAGAACCGAAUCCUGAAAGGUUCCCUCUAACCCCCAUCUGUAACCUCCGGCAUCAGGCUCAGGUAUGUGUGUCCAAACACAAUAACCACACACACACACACACACACACACACACACAGAGAGAGAGAGAGAGAGAGAGAGAGAGAGAGAGAGAGAGAGAGAGAGAGACUAAACCUAAAACGACAAAAAAGAACUAAAGAAUUAAAGGGACUGGGCAUGGUGACACAUUCCUUUAAUCCUACCAUUCAGGAAGGAGUCUGGCCAGAAGAUUGUGAAUUAGAGGCCAUUGUGGGUUGAACGGUAAGGCUAUCUCAAGGGCCAAAACCAGAAAAGAAUCAAGACAGAAUCAGGAACCAUCAUGUUUAUGCUGCAGUAUACUCUAAUGUGUGUCACCUAAAAACCUUGAGCACCAAUGCAUUCUAUACCUGAGCAAACAAUGACCUUAGCCUAGGAACCUUUCACUAGAGCAGAGGUGAAUCUGAGGGUUACUGGGGUCACAGGCUGACUUGCGGUUACAUGAGUCCAGCGAACUCAUAAUGUUUGCUAUUGAGGCUGUCUGAAGACCUGUCCUUUGGUCUGGUUUGAACGAGCUUGGCCAGUAAUGUAUCCAGAGUGGCACAUAGUUCCAAGUUGGCUCUCAGAUUGGCUCAGAGGCCCAAAAGAAGGGUCUGGGUUUCAGUUCACUACUGGCUUUCCUAAGGCCUUCCCAAAAACGAACUCCCAAUGAGCAGGAACAUUUCCCAGAGCAGUUACAUGGUGGCAACCCCAGACAUUGAAGCUCAUUUCUGUCUUUUUCCCCCCCAUGCUGUCUUGGGCCUGGGUCAUUUCAGAGGAGCCUCAGCUCUACACCCUCGCCGUGAUGGGCCCAGGGCCACCAGAUCGCCAGCCAGCCCAGAUCUCUCGCCGAUACUCAGACUUUGAACGGCUGCAUAGAAACCUGCAAAGGCAAUUCCGGGGCCCCAUGUCUGCCAUCUCCUUUCCCCGUAAGCGCCUGCGCCGGAACUUUACUGCAGAAACCAUUGCCCGUCGCAGCAGGGCCUUUGAACAGUUUUUGGGCCACUUGCAGGCAGUGCCCGAGCUACGCCAAGCUCCAGAACUUCAGGACUUCUUUGUGCUGCCCGAGUUGCGGCGGGCGCAGAGCCUCACCUGCACUGGCCUUUAUCGUGAGGCUCUGGCACUGUGGGCCAACGCCUGGCAGCUGCAGACCCAGUUGGGCACCCCUUCUGGCCCAGACCGCCCCCUGUUGACUCUGGCUGGGUUGGCUGUGUGCCAUCAGGAGCUGGAGGAUCCUGGGGAAGCACGAGCCUGUAGUGAGAAGGCUCUGCAGCUGCUGGGGGACAAGAGACCCCAUCCUUUCCUGGCACCCUUUCUCGAGGCCCAUGUCCGGCUCUCCUGGCGCCUGGGCCUAGACAAACGGCAGUCAGAGGCCCAGCUUCAGGCCCUGCAGGAGGCAGGUCUUACCCCUACCCCACCCCCCAGCCUCAAGGAGCUGCUCAUCAAAGAGGUGCUGGACUAACUUGCUCCCGUCUUAAGGCCAUGUCUAGGAGAAGGGCUGCCCCAGGUUAGGGGGCAGGGGAGACCCUAAAGUAGUUCCAGAAAGUCUGCAACAGACUGAGAGGAACUUUGUUUUGCCAGACAGAAUUCGGAACAGGCUUUGGCUGGGGUUACCCUAGGAUGAUACCAGGAGGAAGUCUUGGCUUGGGCUCUUCAGCCUACCCCAUCUGGAGACUGUGGCCAAGGUCAGGAGCAAUGUUUUCUUUUCCAUGGGCCUCUAACCCAGUGAGACAGCUUGGUGAAGGGCUGGGGACUGCUACUGGAGUCCUGGGAUUCAGAGGCACGGGGAGGACUGUAGUUGUAUUAAAGGUCAGUACUCCAGUG